CGUGUCGCUUAUUUGUUUAGAACUACAUAUGUUAUGUGAACGUAAAUAUUAGCUGUCAACCUUUGCCAACGAUAGCAAGAAUAACAAAUGACUAGCGCCACAACAAACUGUCAACGGCAGAGUACAAAUCUGUGAUCGCGCAUGUAAUUAAGGGCUUUGUGGUUCGUUUUGUAGUGGUAUGUUUAAGAAACACUUCAAAUAUUACAAAAGUAAAUGUCCUCCUCCAGAUUUAACAAACGUAAUAAACUUCAGAGAUGCAGAAUUCGAAAAACAUCAGAAAGUUAAGAGAGUCGAACUCAAGGACAAAAACAUUGAUGAUUUGAGCAACUUUGGUCUGAAACCCAUCAACAUGUGGAAAAUGUAUGAGAUUGCUGACAGUCCGGGUUUCUUUGUCAUCCCAGAUCCAUUCACAGGUACAGGACAGAGGUACUGGAUUCAGAGAUGCCUACGUGACUUUACGAGGAAACCUCACAGCCGACUGAACCUCGAUGCACAUGGUGACCUGGCGAAAGGGGAGGACUGGUGGGAAACUUGCUGUAAAUAUGACGUGAGAAGCCAGAACCUCUUAAAGAAAUUACGAUGGGCGACACUGGGGUAUCAUCAUGACUGGGACACCAAGGUGUAUUCAGAGUUUGCAAGGGACCCUUUUCCAACAGACCUUGCCACUGUUUGUAAAUAUGUCUGUGAGGCUGUGGGAUUUCCCAGCUUCUCUGCUGAAGCAGCUAUUGUGAACUUUUACCACCUGGAUUCAACUCUCUCAGGACAUACAGAUCACUCUGAGGAAGAUGUUACUGCACCUUUACUGUCAUUCAGUUUUGGACAGACAGCCAUCUUUCUACUGGGAGGAACAACCAUGGAUGACGAACCAUCAGCAGUGUACUUACACAGUGGGGAUGUAGCCAUCAUGUCUGGGCAGAGUCGGCUGUGUUACCACGGUGUCCCUCGAAUUGUUCUCGACAGCAUUCAGCCUUGGCAUCUUGAGCUAGACAGGGAUAGUGAGGACUUGUGGAUACCAUUUGAAAAAUAUGUUAUGUCAUCACGUAUAAAUGUAAAUGUAAGACAAGUUUUGAGGCAGGGGCAAAAAUCACUGUCAUCUGUAGCAUCCUGACUCAGAAUAUUGUGACUAUGGAAAAUAAAUAAGUAUCUGAGAGCAAAUAGAUGAAUUGUUCUGUAUAGCAAUUGAUGCCCAGCAUCUGUCCUUCCGCUUUAAUUGUUGGCGUGUGUAUCGCACACCUGGUAAGGCAUCUUUCAUACAGACAAAUAUAUUUUCAUUUGAUAAAAUGCACCUUGGACUUGAAUUUCCAGGAUAAUUAAUUUGUAUGGGGUCAGUUUAUGCAUAAGGGGUCAAUUAAAUUAAUUCAUUGAUCUGUGUAUCAAGGUGGUUACUGUAAGCUAAUUAACAUAUGGCUAUGAGGCAGUGAAAAAUGAAUCUUGACAAAGGAAUGAUGCUAAGUGAUUCAGUAUUCAGAAGCAAAGUGCCUGUAAUAAAUACUCACUGAUGAUAUGGACAAAUGUGUUAGCAGGGUCUCUGUGAUUAUUGUUAAUAAUACAAACAAAUACCAACUUUUCAGAAACUUCAUCAUUUUUAUUGUACAGAAAUGAACUUUAAGGUAAGCAAGGAAACUGUGUGAGGAAAAUUAUUAUAUCUCUGAGAUUUGUGUUUAAAUGGUGCCUGAAUAAAUGAGGCACCAUGUGUGCAAAUAAGUUGGCAUAGUUUUUUAUGGUAAAAUGAAGUAUCAAUGUGUUAUAAUUAGAGCAGCUAAUGGUUUA